UUCUGUUUUUCCUGAAUAACAUUCAUGAAGGAUUAUGAUGCAACUGCACGUCUGUGCUGUUCCUGCACUGUUGUUGUGAGACCUGAACUCUACAGUGAGAAUUUCCUCACUGCUUGAGCUAUCUGAGCUGUAGACCAACCGUCAACUGAAGCCAUUCCUUCACCAGCUAUGACCAGUUUGCCGAGUCGUUCUCCCUCCAAAUGGUUUCAAGUGCUGCAAAGGACCAGGCUGGGGGAGCCAUGUAUGAAGACAUACCCACUGGAGUGUGAGGAUCUGCUGAAGAGGGCUAGAGCUGCCUUCCAUUCUAGACGCACCAUGGAGGAGAGCUUCAGGUUGGCUCAGCUGGAAGCGCUGGUGCGUAUGCUAGGGGAACAUGAGUGUGACUUUGUGGAUGCUCUUGGCAGGGACCUUCAUAAGCCACGGUUUGAGACAAUUAUGUCAGAACUGAUCCUUGUCAAGAAUGAGGCUUUUCAUGCUAUCAACAACCUUAAGAAGUGGAUGCAGCCAGAGCAUGUGGAAAAGAGCCUGUCCACCACUUUGGAUGAGUGUGUGGUUGUCAGUGAGCCGUUGGGAGUGGUGUUGAUCAUUGGGGUUUGGUGUAAUCCUGUCCAACUGUGUCUGGUGCCAUUGGUAGGAGCCAUUGCAGCAGGCAACUGCGCAAUCAUCAACCCCUCUGACUACACCAGGCACACAGCAGAACUUCUUCAUCGUGAGAUCCCUGCCUACCUGGACAAUGAAUGCUUCCAUGUGAUUCUUACAGGGGUCAGUGAUUUGGCUGAGGUAGUGGAACUCAAAUUUGAUCAUGUCUUCUUUUCAGGAAACAGGGAGGAAGGAAGCAGAGUUGCUCAGACUGCAGCUCGCACAGUCACACCUACCACCCUUAUUUUGGGUGGCAAAAACCCAUGCUAUGUGGACCAGGACUGUGACAUUAGGACCACUGUACAACGCAUUACUUGGGCACGUUUCCAUAAUGCCGGGCAGAGCAUAGUGGCUCCAGACUAUAUCCUGUGCCAUACAGAUAUUAAAGUACGAUUGGUCCAGGCCUUGAAGUGCUGCCUGAUGGGGUUCUAUGGAUCUGAUCCCCAAGAGUCCCACAGUUUUGGCCGCAUGGUAAAUCUCGAGAUGUUCAACCAUGCCAAGGACAUGCUGUGGCGAUCUGGCAAGGUAGAAGUGGGUGGGCAGGUGAUAGAAGCAGAGAAAUACAUCGCCCCAACAAUUUUGACAGACGUGUCAGAAUCUGACCCCAUUAUUCAACAACAUUUCUUUGGUCCAAUUCUUCCUGUUUUGGCCGUAAACAGUGUAGAAGAGGCAAUUGCCUUCAUUAAUAAGCAAGAGAAACCUCUCUGUGUUUAUGCAUACUCAAGCAACAGUAAGGUUAUUUCUAAGAUCAUGACCGAGACGUCUAGUGGAAGCUUUUGCUCAAAUGAUAGUGUCCUGCAGAGUCUUAUGGUGGCUCUGCCAUUUGGUGGAGUUGGUGCCAGUGGAAUGGGUUCCUACCAUGGGCGCUACAGUUUUGACACGUUCUCACACAAGAAGUCAUGCCUACUAAGAAGCACACGCUUGGAAUGUGUCACAUACCUCCGUUACCCACCCUAUGAGGACCGCAAUCUGUCACUGCUAACUUGGGCCAGUACUUUGUCUCAAAAGAGUUUGGGCUGGUGCCAGAUCCUGUGAUUGAUGGACGAAGGUGAUGAAAGAGACAUGGUGCAGGAAAGAAGAGUCUCCCCAAAUCAAUCACACUGACAGCGAAAUACAAAUGUAUGACUAGUGUAGUGCCAUUAGAGGAAUAACACUGUAAGAGAUCAUUAAGUGUAGUACUCAUUUGAUUGUCAGCUGGAUAUUCAAACAAAUGUAAGAGUUGAUCUCCAGUAUUCAAACUUUUUCAGAGAACCACAAAUGCGGUUCAACUAAACUGUGUAAGGGUGGUCUGCCAUUGAUUAUUUCUGUCACCAAUUUCUGUCCCGAUUUCAGAACUAUUGGAAUUGGGACAGAUUUUUUUUAAAACAGGCAAAAUUCAUAUUUCCUAUGUUGUGUGUGCUUCUAUAAGAGUAUAUUCCAGUUACACUGGUCAACACGAUUUUUUCUUGCAUGGAACUUUUCAGUGGAUUUUGGAUAAUUUGGG